AUGGACCCCACGCCUCUGAUCUCUCCGUCCAAAGCACGGCAAGCUGCCUCCCGUGCAAAAGACUGGGCAUACAUCAACAGCUGGCUCAACCGAAAAUAUUCACCGAAUCCCGUGCCUCAUUUUGAACGAAAUGAGGACACCUUGAAAACGCUCCUCACUCUCGCUGCCGCCAAUGAUGCGGCAGACGAUGAAGAAGUCCUCCUUCAUACUGCGCGAGAAGAAACGAUUCGCAAUCUCCUAGCACAGGAAGAAACGACCCCGGAUUCCCCAACAGAGCUUCUCGACACUCUAGAAUCGAGCCUUGAUGAUAAGGGAGCUAAGUUUUUGGAUGAACUCGCUGAAGCCGCAGUUCUGCUAGGAACCUUCACCACCAGCAUCAACGAUCUCGGCCAUCGGAUCGUGGAUCUUACAAGGGAGGAGUUUGAUGCUGCUGAGCAAUUGCGCAAAAUUGAACUUUUACAAUCCUACCUAGAUAAUGAACUCGAAUCGUUACGCACACAGAUGAAGGAGCUUAAGAAUGAAGAGAAAUACGAAACCCCAGCGGACUUGCCCGUCCAAACCGCUGAUUGGGUGAGGGGUGCAAAGAUACUUGGCGCAAAGGUUGAUGAAUACCAUAAUAGAAUUUCGACGUUUGAAAAGAUUGGAAGAAACAAUGGGUUACGGAUUGAGGAGCUAAUGGUCGAGGAAGAAAGUGUGGUUAGGCUGAGGGAAACAGUGAAGGCCGUGGAAGGCAACGUGAAAAUGUUUCACGGAUUACCCCCUAAUGUCCAAGAAGCGAAGAAGGAACUUGAAUGUAUUGAGAAAGACUACCGAAACCUUGUACGCCAACGAGAUACGAUGUUCGAAAAUUUGGUCGACCAUGUUAAGUGA